AUGGAGGCUGAACCCACAACUACUCAAUCUGGACGUACUCAAUCUGGCCAGAACAACAAAAAGAGACGGACCGAGCACGAGGAUGACAAUCGCAAUGGACGUUCUGAUACUGAAUCCCUCCUGGGUAGUGAUGAUGACUCGGAUGGUGAACUCACGUUCGAGGAAUCUGAAAACCGUAAACGGAAGAAAGCUGCUCGCCGUAGAGAAGAAACUGAGGAUCGCCACCGUGAUGCAAUGAUGGCCAACCUUGCUGAUGCACCCGACAUCCCAAACUCAGCGUCACAGAUUUCCCAAGCAAUCUAUGAAUAUGUACGAAUGCUCAUGGGAAUCUCAAGGAAGUCACGAUCAGUAGUUUCUGACAAAAACACUGACGAUCCAACACUCCCACCACCGCCAACUGAAACUGAGAUGAACGCAUGGACUACUCGUCGGGAAGAUCGAGAAGAGUCGAUUAAGUCUGCAAUCGAGAAGGCCAUGCGCAAAUAUAUUGCAAGUAAGCCAGCUGGCUUUAAGCCCAAUAGAAAACAAAAACGAACUGUCGAACGGGACGCGGCAGAACGUGCACGCUCAAAAUUCAAAUCAACAGCAGUGGCAUUCACUUCUCGACUCAAACACUCAUCUUCCAGCCGAUAUCCGCACAGCUGGGGACUCAAAUGUGAGGCUGCUUUUGCCAUGGCUGGUUUCCCUCGCUGUACAUUCGACUGGGAAGCAGGAUACGAGUCUCCUUGGAAUUCAUCAAUCUCAACAAUUAUUCUCGACCAGUGGGUCAAGUGUUUCGAUGCACGUGGAGCCCGUUCAUUUAACAUUAUAGCUUCUGACAACAAGCCUGGAAACCGCGAAGAGAUCCUACGGAGGUGGUUUACAAACAAGAAAUCUGACUAUCGGAAACAAUCAAAACGCGAAGUCUUAAUGAAGACACCUGGCGGUCCAGAGAAGAUUGCAGCCGACAAAGCUUAUUCAAAGAAAUGUGUCAGUCGUCGACGAACCAAAAACACUAUCUACAACGCUCGAAAAUCUGUGGCAGUUGAUGUAUUUGGUGCCGAAUCUGGAGAAGCGGAAAUCAUAUCUCAACGCGAGAUUCAUUCUGAUGACGACCUGACUAGCUCGACUCCCAGCAAAGUUCGGUUCAGCUGGCGCAGUGCCGAACUUGACACAUUCAUCAGCUUAAUUGACCAGUGCGUCUGGUCUCGUGAAACGGUUGCUGCAGCUCGCCGUUCAGCGCGCAAUCCAGUGGAGCGUGGUCCAUACAGCACAACACCAGAUGUUGAUGUCUUUCCGCCAAAGUUGUUUCAACGCUCACUUGUCUCACCAACUUGGAUAUCUUCAAUGUCAGGAGUUGCGGUCAGGAACUUAAAGUUAUCAACUACGGAUAAGGUUAACAUCCUCAGAUCAAUUGAGAAGUUGACCCUUGAGCUUUCUGCUCCUUCAACAUCUCAAUGA